AUGACCAGUGAUGGGAAGGAACACCAAGGGCUGUCCAACACUAAGGCAUUGGCUAUAUUAUAUGACCAAUUGUCUGCACUUCUAUCAGAGCAUAAAAAACACCAAAAGGAAAGAACAUGGAAGACAAUCUGGAGAAGUAGCUUUUUACACCACUCAAAUCGCUGGUCAAGCUUCCGUUGGCCAGGAGCAUUGCUGUUGCUCUUGACAACCAUUGCCCUAGCUGGUUGCCAUCAUAUUCAGUCACCUAAGAGUCAGGAUAUCAGACUCAUUAAUGAAUCUGUACUGUUUAUCUUCCUUGUGGUAAAUCUGAGUGCAAUUGGAUUACAGCAGUGGCUAAAAUCUCAAGAGAUCCCACAGAGGGUCCAGGCUAUUCUGCAAAGAAUAAAUGGUAAAAAGCUUUUAAUUAGGACUCCAGAAUUUGGAAUGAAUGAUUUUUGUUACGAACUGUAUAAUCCUCCUUUGGAUUCCAUAUGUCUCCAAUGGACCUACAGAGAUGGGCAAUUGGUAAAUCUGCCUACUAGUUUGCUUGUAGAGGGAGAUAUUGUAGCCCUGAGACCAGGCCAGAAAGCACCAACAUCUCUUAGAGGAAUUGAGGAUGAAGACCAUGUGAUCUUAGAUAGGGACGAUAUCUUUUGCCAGUUCUCCUCUCCGCCAUCGCCAGUUCAGAACAAAAGAUCACACACCCUUCUGAAACCUCAUUCUUUCAAAGUAACUAAAACACCUAUGGUUGAGAAUAUCCAGCAGUGCCUUGAAUUGGGACAACAAAGACCUGUGACUGUACUGAAUAACGAACGCUUCACUGCUCAAAGGCUUCUCCAGAAGUACAUUGCUCCAAUGGUUUUGGUGGUGUUACUGAUUAUCAAUGGUCUACGGUUUGUAAUUGGUACUCCAGGGAUAGGUUCAUGGCAAGUUACCCUUCUACAACUCCAGGUAAACGGUGUUCUCCCAUUAUUGCCUCUAUCAUUUCCUAUCAUUUGGUUUCUAGUCAAUACCUAUGGUGAAGCUCAGAUGGUUGCCUUGUUACUAAAGCCUACAGCAAAUUUUAAGGAAAAUUGGAUUGAAACAUGGAGAAUGUUCUGGGCUACCAUACGAGGGAGAGCUCCUGUCCUAUGUCAAACUUCUAGUCUCCUCCACAAUCUUGGUUCCAUUACAGUGCUUUGUUGUGUGGAUAAACAAGGAAUUCUCUCCUGGCCCAGCUCUUGCCCAGACAAAGUCUUUUUCUUCACUGAUGCAUGGCGUCGAGCCAAGUCACAGGAUAAAAACCUCACAGCCUCUAUCAGUGUGAAGACUGCUCCCUCCACCCAUUGCACAGUGCAGCGAGGAAAUGAACACCCUGAGUUGCUGUCCAAUACAGUAAUGGCGGAUCACCAGACCAAUUUUGCUGUAGAAAUGCUCAGCCUCUCUCAGGAUCAGCAGGAUGCAACUCACAUCUGGUUCGAUGAUUCCAACUGGCAGGAGCACAGUCCCUCACUAAGGCCACUUGGUCUUAGCAUCUUGCUUGGUCUUUGUGAUCCCACUUCAGCAGCCAGAGUAUUCCAGAUGACUGAUCACCUUUCCCACAUAGCUUUGAUGAAGAGCCGAUGGAACUGUUUGCCUGUUCAAAUAUCUGGGGGGCUAUGUGAACUACCGAGGAUCAUUGGUAAAAUUGAAAUAUCAUACAAAGAAAUGCAGCUAUUCUCCUAUGGGUCUGCUGACAUGAUCUUAGAUGCUUGCAGUGAAUUCUGGGAUGGAAAUGAUAUUUGUCCACUUUCUCGGUGCUCCAGAAAGAAGAUCUUUGAUUUUUAUCAACGUGCCUGUCUGACAGGAGAGUGCAUUGCCUUAUCUUAUAAGCCAGUGUUCCAUACCUUGCAGUCCAGUGAUGAGAUGUGUCCCCAAGUAUCUUUGAAAACUAAAAGCUACAGCCAAGCAGAUACCUCAGCAGCACUGGACCUGGAAGAAUUAACUUUUGAUCAGGAAGAUAAUUUGCACCCUCUUGACAAUCAGAUCUUACUUGGUCUCAUAUCUUCCCAAUACCAAGCCAGACUAGACAUGGUCCAUCUGAUAGAUGGCUUAGAUAACACUUGUAUCCGAUUUGUUUACUUUUCCUUGGAAAAUGAGCUAAAAAGCAAGGAAUUUGCUGAGAAGAUGGGCCUGGAAACUGGCUGGAAUUGUCACAUCUCAUUGCAAUCGAAUAGUUUUGUUAUAGAACCAGAUCAUCUGAUGCCCACUUCCCAAAAUAUUGCAGAACAACAAGAUUCUGAGAUUCAAAGACUGAUGAGAGAAGAUGGGAAUCUACCAGAAACAGAUGGGGAAAGGACACCAGGCAGUAAUACAUGCAGCUUUAUGGAGGAUCUCAACCGGGCUAAAUUACCCAGGGGAAUUGAGAACAUUCGGCCACACCUGGAACAUGUUGACAAUGUUCCUCUUUUGGUUCCGCUUUUUACAGACUGUACUGCAGAAUCCAUGUGUGAGAUGGUGAAAAUAAUGCAGGAGUAUGGAGAAGUGGUUUGCUGCCUUGGAAGUUCUCUUAAUAAUAGGAACAUUGGAGUUUUUCUACAAAGUGAUAUCAGCUUUUCCUUGGAUCCUUUGAGUUUGUCUUACUACAGGCAGACCUGCCACAAAGAUUGUGAACAUUUAACUUCAUGCUCACACAAAACCACACCAUUCUACUUGUCCAGCCUCUUUGGUAGCCUAGCAAGCUCUGUGCACUUCAGAAACCAUGGCAACAUCAGCAUAAUCCAGCUAAUCAAACAGGCUCGGCAAAUGAUUUCAGGAAUUAGGAAAUGCUUUCUGCUUCACCUUCAGUGCCAACUUUCCCUGACAAUGAUACAGGUUUUGGCUUCUAUGGCUCAGUUACCCCCACCUCUUGGGACAACAGAUGUGCUUUGUCUCACCUGUGUCUAUUUCCCUCUCGUAAGCAUGUCUCUCAUGGGAAAACCUCCAGACAACACCGUGAUGGAAGUGGCUACAGGAAAGAACCUCAAGAUCUUACCAAAAAAGACCCAGUGGUUUUUUGUGCUGUAUUUUCUGGUCAAGUCUGGCUUGACUGUUUGCUUGCAGUUGACAUGCUUUGGAUUGAUGCUGCACGGGUUCUGUAUGAAAGAACAGUAUAAAACCAAUUUCUCUUGCCAUCCAUUUGGACCAUUCAUGAAUUCAAGUUAUGUGUCACCCAAUUGGUUUGACGAAUAUGGGAAUGCUCUUAUGCUGGCUCAGAAGAUUGUAGCUUUUUUCAUUCUUCUACAUGGAUUGUGUACAUCUAUGAGUCAUGUUCAUCGAUCCAAUCCAUUAUGGAAACAGAGUCCACUAAGUAACCGAUGGUGGUGUGCUGCUGUCAUUAUUGCGUAAACAUUAUUAAUGCUACCUUCUAAUGGGACAUUCCACAUGUGGGAGAAUAAAUCUUCACAUCUUGUUUUUCACAUCUUGGACAUUCCAACAGCAACUUGGCUCCUUGGUUUCCUCUGGCUGCUCCCACUAAUGGUUAUUAAUGAAUUUCUUAAACUUCAUGAAAUUAGAAUGCGAAUGCAUUAUCAAAAGAAACAGAAGUUACAGUUUGAUACCAAGCUUGGAAUGAAUUCUCCAUUCUGA